AAUUAACUUAUUUUCCAACUCAACGCCAUGGCAUCAGCUUCAGUGGCUAGAAAAGAGAGAAACCCUAUUGCCGUAGUGAGGAACAGUAGCAAUAUUUCCGAAGGAGAACACGACAUUCGCCUCGAUGACUAUUUGAACGACAAGCUACAAACAGCUGCGGAUUUCCAGAAUUUGGAUUCAUUGAUUGCCAAUGUCGAAGAACAGCGAGUACAAUUGCUGAGCCAGCUCCAAGAUGCUCGAUGCAAGCUUGCCAAAUCGAACGAAGCAGAUGCCUCCCAUAGCGAUACACUAUUACAGCGAACGAAAGCUUUCCAAGAUAUCCAGUCGGGAAUAGAUAAUCGGCUCACCAUAGUUACUGCCUCGGAUGCCCCUGAUGAAGCGGUGCAAAGAUUCAAAGCUCCGAUAGAGAAGCUUCGACGUCUCGACCUCGCAUACUACUAUGUGGAAAUGCUCCAAGAGGUUGAUAGCCUCGCCAACGAAGCGCGGAGUUUCCUACCUGAGCACCCGAAAGAGGCUUUGAAGCCGUAUGCCCGCUUAAAGGAACUGUAUAUUUUGCUACGUCGCCUACAGACCCCUGCCGAUGAUGCAGCUGGGCAUCUUGUAACGCAUGUCGAAAAGAGAGCAAAUAUACUCUGGUCUGAGAUGAAACAAGUGAUGGUGGAUAACUUUGAGGGUGUUCUGAAGAAAACAGAUUGGCCUACAGCCAGCGAGGCUCCUACAGAAGCAUGGACCGCUAGCUUUCAACGACUGCUGGAGCUCCAGACGCCGGAGAUUCUCAACGCCCCUGCCCGCCAGCCAAUGAUCCUAUUGCCGAUGGCUUGCUUGACUAAGCCCUUUGUCCAGCAAUUCCGGUAUCACUUUAUGGGCACCAAAGCUAGCAACACUAAGCUCCAUCCAGCUUACUUUUUACAAUGGGUGGUGGAGCUGAUUGAAAGCCGUGAAGAUUACUUGAUUGAUAAUGUUGGGCCAAUCCUGAUGUCACAUUUCGGCAGCACAAUGACAAUGAACCGUUCAUACAAUGACCCGGUUGCCGCAUUUAUUACGGCACUUCUACCUGUGGUGCGCGAGAGGGUUAAUACGCUCCUGGUUUCGAUAGCCAACGAACCCUCGGUUUUGAGCAGUUUAAUGGUCUCACUUAUGAAGUUUGACGAAGAUAUUCGAUUGAAAUUCAGCUACGAUGGUGGAAAUUCGAAGAAAGGCUGGAAAGGCCUCACACGGGAAGUUCUCGACAAAUGGUUCCUUAGGUGGCUCGAGGUGGAGAAGGAUUUUGCUGUGAUGAGAUAUAAAAGUAUCAUUGAGUCUAAUGACAACUCAAGGAUUGAUUAUGACAGCACUGGCCCAAAUACAACAAAGGCUACAUACGGCGCUUCGAAAGUCAUGGAUCUGCUUGGGAAUGUGACCAAGCAAUACCAGGGCUUGCCCAAAUUCUCGUUCCAAAUGAGAUUUGUUAUUGAUAUCCAGAUCAGGAUUCUUGAUGAAUAUCACGGCCUGCUGAAAGAUUCACUGGAUGCCUAUAUUGCUAUAACUUCUACUGUCGGUCGGGCAUUGCACGGCGUGACAAAAGAACAACAAGCACAAAUGGAAGGAACUGGCGGCUUAGAGAGUCUAUGCAAAGUCCACGGAAGCUCAGAUCUUGUUAUCAACACUUUAAAUGAUUGGAGCAAUGACCUGUUCUUCCUAGGCCUUUGGAUUGAGCUCCAGGAGCGUGCUAAGAAAAGGAGUAUGGGCGAUAACUUGGCUGAGGCUAUGAGCUACGAAGUCGUGAAAAAUAGUACAUCAGUAUCCGUUGGCUCUGAUGGUGACGGCGCCGUAUUCGACGAGACAGUAAGCGCAUACACAAAGCAACGGGACCACGCCCAGCUACUCAUGACGGAGUCUAUCAAACAUUCGCUGCCUACUACUUUAAGAGCAUAUACUAAUAAGCCCAACUGGCUUGCAGUGGAUAUUUCGGAAGAUGGCGUACAAGCUCCAAUGAACAUCACGGCAGAAUUUGAAGCGCUAUUACAGACAUUAGAAAGAGAUAUGUCCUUCCUUCACAACGCACUAGCCACGGCCACAUUGCGCGGCAUCUUCGGCGAGGUUUUUGAAUUCCUGGGAGAGUCUCUAUGGCGCGAUGUCCUCAUGCGCGAAAAGUUCACUAGAAACGGAGCUGCUCAGUUCUACCGUGACCUCAGCGCUACGUGGUCAUUGAUCGAUAACUACAUCACCGAUGGCUCGUCAUCGGAUUUGGGAAUGCCAAAGCUACGAGAGGCGGCAACAUUGCUCAACCUCCCGGAGAAGGCACAGGAUGGACUUAUGUCCUUUACGGAUGCGUCUGACCGCGCAUUUGCUAGCAACGCAGGGGCGACAGGGGUUCUCGAGGAGUUGCAACUCAAGAAUUUGACACAUAACGAAGUCAGGCUGGUGUUGGGUCGAAGACAAGGUUGAGGGUGCCUCCACCAUGAAGGCACACGAAUAUAGAUAUAAUUACGCAUAGAUAUGAUACAAACCACUAUUAUUAUCAGAGCUC